CCUCUCUCUCUCUCUCUCUCUAAGACAUUUGUUUACAGCACGCUAAAAUGUGUCGUCUAACUUCUUCUCCCUCCGACGAAGCCAAUUCAAACCACCCUUUCCUUCUGCCAAUCAAAGAAGCAGAGCAGCACAAGAUGCUUACAACCCAAUUGAUUUCCAAGCAAGAACCAAAGCAAACAUACAGAACAGAGAAAACCCAUCUUUCCUUGGCUCUCAAAGAAGCCAUUUCCAUUGCCAACAUAGCUCUCCCCAUGAUACUUACAGGCCUUCUGCUUUAUUCCCGCUCAAUGAUCUCCAUGCUCUUCCUCGGCCGCCUCGGUGAUCUCGCGCUAGCAGGCGGUUCACUCGCCGUCGGCUUUGCGAACAUCACCGGCUAUUCUAUUCUCUCCGGCCUCGCCAUGGGGAUGGAGCCGAUUUGCGGCCAAGCUUUUGGUGCCAAAAAACACACCCUCCUCGGCCUCUCCCUGCAGAGAACAAUCCUUCUGCUCUUUUUUACUUCAAUACCAAUUUCUCUGCUCUGGCUAAACAUGAAGAAAAUGCUUCUCUUUUGCGGCCAAGAUGAAGCUAUAGCAACAGAAGCACAAUCAUAUCUUCUCUAUUCUCUCCCGGACCUCUUUGCUCAAUCGCUUUUACACCCAUUGCGCAUCUAUCUCCGAACGCAAUCAAUUACUCUGCCUCUAACAUUUUGCGCCACUCUUUCAAUUUUCCUUCACAUACCCAUCAACUACCUUCUUGUUUCGCACCUUAAUUUAGGAGUCAAAGGGGUUGCUCUUAGCGGCGUUUGGACUAAUUUUAACCUUGUCGGCUCUCUAAUCCUCUACAUCCUCAUCUCCGGCCUCCACAGGAAAACCUGGGGAGGCUUCUCUGCAGAGUGCUUUAAAGAAUGGAAAUCUUUACUAAAUUUGGCAAUUCCGAGCUGCAUUUCAGUCUGCCUCGAGUGGUGGUGGUACGAGAUAAUGAUUUUGCUAUGUGGGUUGUUGUUGAAUCCCAGAGCAACCGUGGCUUCCAUGGGCAUUCUAAUCCAAACGACGGCGCUUAUCUAUAUAUUCCCGUCAUCGCUUAGCUUUAGCGUAUCCACGAGAGUUGGGAAUGAAAUCGGCGCAAACCAGCCCAGAAAAGCGAAGCUGGCGGCCAUUGUAGGAAUUUCCUGCAGCUUCGUAUUGGGGUUUUCGGCAUUAGUGUUCGCAGUGAUGGUGAGGAAGAGUUGGGCUACCAUGUUCACCAAAGACACAGAGAUUAUAAAGUUGACAUCACUGGUUUUGCCGAUAAUUGGGUUUUGCGAGCUCGGAAACUGCCCGCAAACGACGGGCUGCGGUGUCCUGAGAGGGACGGCGAGGCCCAAGGUUGGUGCACGUAUAAACCUGGGAAGCUUCUACCUUGUGGGAAUGCCGGUGGCGGUCGGAGCGGCGUUUUACGCCGAGCUCGACUUCCGGGGGCUGUGGUUGGGGCUUUUGGCGGCGCAGGGCUGGUGCGCGUUGACCAUGAUGGUGGUGUUGGGUCUGACCGAUUGGGAGUUGGAAGCCAAGAGAGCCAAGGAGCUGACCGGCGCUGCCCCUGUCGAUGAAAGCCUAGAGGUUGAGGAAAAGAUGCUAGUCAAAGCUGAAAUCAUGGAAGAUUUUUUAAAUUUAUCGGGGGAUUUACAUCAAGCUAAUAACUCACCCGUUUAAUUUUUAGUUUUUUGUUUUUUUUAAGUGAUUUACUGAUUACUAUCCUAGGCUGUACAUGGGGAAAGUACUGAGGGAGAGAGAGAGAGAGACGAUGAGAAUUUUGUAUGGGCCUUGAUUUCUGGCGGAAGUUGCUGCUGUUUCCAAUGAAAUUCACUCAGACCCAGCCAGUCUGGAAAAGCAUUUGAAUAU